AUGCAGAAACUCGGAAUUACUAAGAAUAUAAAAGAGGAGCCGCUUCCGGACACCAACAUAGCCCAAGGUCAGCGCCAGAAGCCGCUGACACACCAGUAAGUUGGCAUUUUAGACGUUUUUACGAGGUUUUCUGUUUUUCAGAGAUCUCAUUCCGACCGGGCAACGUGCACUCCAGCCAGGGAAGAAGAAGCAGAAGGAGGACAAUCGGGAGUGGCUGAAAGUUAAAAAAAACAUAAAGAAGGAGGAUUCGACUUCGAGUUUAUCCAAGCGCACCGACACGUUCGAUGUUGCUCCGACAUCAGCUUCAGACUACGUGGGACCUCCAUUUGCGCCGACGACUUCUGUUCUGGUUCAGCAGCAAGCGGGCAACCCGAACAUCAUUGCCACUCCGGUUGCACUCCGAGCCAACACAACACGGAGCAACAGUCAACAAUCGAAUAUUGGAACUCCGCAGGCAAAGAAAAGAAAAACGGAUAAGUCUGCAAAGUUUCCCGAACUCAAUUCGGAUUAUCACAUCUUUCAGGAAGUGCACGUCGAACUCGAUUUUCGUAAUCCUCUUCUCUUCGGAGUGUGAUCCGACGAAGAUCACCGCUGGAAUGAUCGUUCAAUAUCUGUCUCGUCUCCGGAUUCCGCUCGUCAAUAUGGACGACGUUCGUCCGGUCGGAACGAACGCUCACUACUUCUCAGCACUCGGAUGGGCAGCCACAUUCGAAUCCGUGAAUAAUCAUCUGACGAGUCUUCUGCAUUCGGUCAUCGCUCACGAUGAGUACGGCAGACACUCUGCCGAGCAGAAUAUGAUAAACGGAGGACGACCGAUUUGGAUCUGGAGGGCAAUGGACGAGCACGAAAAAGUUACGGCGGAAUUCUACAGAAUCGUUCAUCUGUAUGUUUUUUUUUAGAUCUCCUGAAAAUCAGUCGAGUUUGUUUUACAGGGAAGUCGAGAAGACUGCGCCGGCCGCCAAGUACUGGUUCACUCCGAAAGGAUUGAUUCAAGAGGAUGUCACCGGCAUCAGAAAGUUCUUGACCAUUGGAGAAAUUUGCAAACCGCCGUUCGAACAUUUCGCGAAAUGCGGAUACUUGCAGUUCAACCCGAACGCUAAACGCCUCAUAAGACAGACUUCCCAUAAAUUCUCUAUUCCAUUCUCUUUCUGGAAGAUAACAAAGUUUGAGACUUGA